AAUUUGGGGCCAUUGACUCUUUUAUUAUCAUAGCAACUCGAUACAGCUACGUGCGUUGAGGGACUGAGCAGAAAGGGGGCGUAGUCUAUUAACGAAUGUGUCAAUCACUCACGGCCACCAACGAGAGGCGGAGCUCCAUUCUUACACAUUGAGGGGAAAAUGGCUAUAAACCAGAGGGUUCACUUGCAGAAACUUGCUGUGGAACGUCUGUAAAGAUUUACCUAAACUAUACGUGGGAAGAGGUAGGUGUGAUUCAGUGAAGUUGUUGAAGACCGCCGCUACUCACUGAGGAGAAUAAAACUGCUCACUGCAAGAAAGAAAUUCAACCUAACCUUAUUAUACGAACAUUUUCUGAAAAGAAUAAUAAUAAUUAGUAAAAUCCAACUAGUGGUCUAUUCUGAUUGGUGGAGCUACUACUAUGCUAUAUGUUAUAGCCCACUAGCAGCGAAAAGCGUGGGCUUUUAGGCGGCAAAAAAGGAUUAAAUUCUAGCUUUAACUAACUAAAAGUUUUUUAUUCUCGAUAUUUCUGACCAACUAGUUGGAUUUUACUAAAACAAUUAUUCCUCUCGCCCUCAUGGCCCUCAGUCAAAAGCCCAUUCGGGCUCGAGGAAUAAUUGUUAAACAUGAAAUUUUACAUUGACGGUCCUCCUAGUUUGCAAAUAAAUGAGACGUAAAAAAAUUAACAAAAUUUUUUCUUAAAGAAAAGGCUUCUAAAAAAUGUUUUAUCAAUCGAACAAAAACACCGUUGACCUGUCAAAACCUAUUCUUAAACGAAAAAAAAGUUUUCUUACCAAAAAAGGACCAAACUGCGGUCCAUGUUACCAUUUCAAGGAGCAAUGAGCGAAACGAGUCACAAGCAACAAAAUUUAAUUUUUACCAAUUUCAUUUCCGUAAAAUUAUCAAUUAUCCAUUACGUCGCGUUGAAGUGAGAUCUAAAGUUCGAUUACCAGCGAGAGACUUUCCCAUUUUUUAUUGCCAAUUGGCGGUUUCUACUUUUUUGGCUAUAAAACCUUCGGUUUGGUAUUAUUGCUACGAAAGAUUGCGGAAUUUUCUUAUUCUUUGAUUUGUGUUUUACGUUCUCGUUCUUGUUUUUGUGAGCUUGCGAAGCACGAAAACAAUUGGUGCUCCGACUGCGCCACAUUGCAAAAGUUGGUGGAAGAAAAUCUUUGGACGUGGGCCUGUCAUUCAUGCAAGAGUGCCGACGGAAAGGGCUUUGGAGUGGGAAAAAUGGCCGUAUGGUCCUAUUGUGGAUGGUUGGCAAUUGUGGCGAUGUUUUUCUUUUAGGGCACCUAACGACGGUUUCCUCCUAAAUACAUUGAAAACACUUUUAGGCUACCCAGAGUACUUUUAUAACUCUAGAAAAGCAUUCUAAGCGGCGCUGUAAAAUUUACCUCUGUUCGGUCAUCCUAGGGGAACUUGAGUCUUUUCGGGCUUGAGUAAUAUUUUCCCGAAAAUUUUAGAUGAAAUUUAACGUAUUACCGGAGUGAGACAUUUUCUAAUUCCUCUCUCCAUCACAUUUUUGAAUCCGAAAAAUUUAGGUUUCCUUUUUUCUAUGAAAAAUAGCCUAACCUGGGAAGUAAAAUGCAAAAAUUAAACUUCAGAAAAUCGUAGGAAAUUUUAUUUGUAAGAUAAGCUUCGAAAAUUGUACAUGAUGGAGUGGUAAUCUACAAAAAUUUAGCCGUCCUCAAAUAGAAAACUCUGGGCAGUAUUUGCUUCUCCGAAUAGAUAUUUUAAAGAAAACAUUUGAAAAAAUCUUUGAAAAGCUUUUCGUAAAACUCUUCGAAACCUUUUCCAAAAACACCUUCAAAACGCACUUCGAAAAACUUUUCGUCAGCCUUUUCGUAAACCCUUUUUUAAACGUCUUCGAAAAACUUUUCAUAAAAAAAUUCUGCACCCUCUUCGUAAAAAUCUUCAGAUCUCUCUUCGAAAACAUCGUUGAAAACCCCUUUGAAAAAAGCGUCUAAAACCUUUUUGAAACAGGCUUCGAUCCGCAACAUCUCCAGAACAUCAUUCGAGAAGCGUUCGGCGGCCAUGAAAUGUACAUUGUUACAAUGCAAAUCCCUAAUUAGUUUUCGUUUCUGUGAUAGACAAGCGCCCCGGUUCAAUAUGAGUUUUCCUGAAGAGUGUAGUAUAGAAAAUAGGAGUCCUGUCUAAACCACCCCUUUUUUGUCCCCGAGUACGCCUCCAUUCUUCGAAAAAAGACUUCCUCGUAAACAAAUUUGCUGGCCGAGCGGAGUGAGGACAGCAAAAAUUUAUUUACACGGAAGUCUUUUUUAUCAGUGAAGAAUGGAGGCUUGCUCGUAGACAAAAAGAGGGGUGUAACAGGACUCUAUUUUUUAUUUUACUACUGUGGCACUAAGGACAUCGACAUGCUGUCGAUGGAAAGGAUUACAGCGCAAAGUUAAAGAAGUGUCGGCAUUAGCGAGGUUAACUUAUAUUCGGAUCUGUUGAUUGGGCAAGAAAUAAGUGCCCGUUGUUUGAAUCUAGAGAAAAUUUAAGGGCUUUCCCCAGGGACAACGAAAACUGUCUGGGGUGUGGCUGUACUGCCGAGAACUACUACGAUUAUCUUCUUCACACGUACAAAUCAUCGUAUACAUGUGUAUUGUCAGUAGUAGACGCAGACAGCUAUCAAUUCGCUUCUGGGGCCCGUUUUUCGAAAGGUUCGGUAACUUUUUGGGUCCGAAUGCAAAUUUUUAAAUCAAAACCUAUUGUAUAAUAGCACAGUUCCUAGCUUACAAACCGGCCAAUUUUGCUUUGUUAACUGAAAAUUUUAUUGAAUGCAAACACGGCAAACAUAAAACAACUUUUCGUGACCGAAAAGUUAUCGAGACUUUCGAGUAACGGGCCCCUGGAUUGUCGUCAUAAAGCAAAGUGGGCGCUGCGUCGACCACACGAGGGCCAGCUUUUCCUUCAGAUCGCGUUACUUUCACCAGUUUUCUUUCCCAUUUAGCAGCCUCGAGGAACUACUUUUUUGUUUUUUAGCCAAGUUACCUUAAUGUACUCCAUGUUGCUAGGUUACAGAAAAUCAUUUAUGCUUUGUUCAUGACAUUUAUUACUUUUUUACAGCAGAGAACCAAAACAAAUUAAUAUACUUCCAACUCUGACAAGUCGAUCAAAACACAUCAUUUCGCGAGAAGAAGCUCCGCUGUUUUUUAAAGGUAUGUUGACUUGCAAUUUAUAAGAUAUUUCCAGCGUUUUUAGUUUACCAUUUAACUUAUCUAAAGGUAUUGUAACGCCACGAUUCCCAGUUAAAACACGGCGUUAAGAGAACAACACAUGUUUAAUCUACUACUCACUCGUCUUACAAUCAUUUCUUCGCACAUGGUUAUUACGCCAUCUCACGUGACUUACUUAGAGGGGUACCCGCGGGGAUUGCCUCGCGCUACACUACUCCCCCCCUACUUAAGCACUGUCCCAGUGCUGGUCCACUAUUUCGCAGAUCGUUUCCGAAAACAACUUCAAUUAAACGCAACAGAUCAAGUCUCAAAUGUUCAUUCAUCAACGUGCCAAGCGUCUACAGUUCUUAGGUAAUGAAAGGCAUUAACUUAUACUUGUCUAGUUGCCUAGACUGUCCUAUAAUGCUAAUCAGUCCCUGAACAUUUCAGGUUAAUCAGUCACCCAAGUUCCGAAUCGACUUGGUGGCUUCCGCUGCCUUGACGGUCUCCCACAAACACUUGAAUAAAUCCCAGGUAAACCUUGUACAGUCGACUCAGCUGUUUGACAGCCAACACCCGCCUGGUUAAGGUCAUGUGCAACAGAGGUCGUCAAUCUCGCACGAGGCUUAGGUUUCCUCACAUCCUCAGGCUUGUCACCGCUAUCAUCCCCAAUGAAAUCAGCAUUCUGGAGUCUCGGGGGAACAUCAUCCUUGUCUGCUUCCGUAGAUUCCGUUUCGUCGCGCUCAGCUCCCUCUCUCACGUUAACCGGAGCUGACUGUCCCUCGUCGACGCAAUUUGAAUCCACAACCGAUGUCUGUCUCCCCUCUCCUCUUGGGCUCGAUAACCGCGUCUGCCUUUUCGGAAUCCAUCUCUCCAGUGGGGGUCCCAGGUAAGGCUUUAAUCUGUCUGAGUGAACGACCUUAGGCUUGGCCUUUCGGCCCUUCUGAAUACGGUACACCACAUCCGAUAGCACCGAUAUUACAAGGUAGGGUCCUUCCCAAGGACAGUCAAGUUUGGCGUUUCUCCCCUUCUUCCUCCGAACGUUAUGCAGCCAAACAGAAUCACCAAUAACAAAUGGUCUCCCAGAAAGCCGUUUGUCAUAGUUCCGCUUCUGCCGUACAGCUGCCUUGUUCAAAUGACGCCUGGCCAAAUCAUGCGCACUAGCCAAUCUCUUUUGAACAGCUUGUGCAUAGUCCGUCUUGAGUGGUGAUGCAUCAGGCGGUCUCUCAGUUAUGACAUCCAGGGGAACCUCCAGUUCCCUACCCAACAUCAAGAGGUUAGGUGAAACCCCGGUUGACUCAUGAACAGCACCACGAUAGGCCAUCAUGCAAGUUGGAAGUUGUAGAUCCCAGUCUGUCUGGUCUUGCUGGAUCUUCCCACGUAACAUUUCAAUGAGGGUUCUGUUAAAACGCUCCACCUGUCCGUCAGACUGGGGAUGCAGGGGAGUGGUGCGGGUCUUCUCAAUGUCUAACAGCCUGCAGACUUCAGCAAACACCCUUGACUCAAAGUUAGUUCCUUGGUCGCUAUGAAGCUGACGGGGUACACCGAAGCGACAAAUGAACUCGCUCACAAGCUUCUCUGCAACAGUGGUGGCCUCCUGGUUGGGUAUUGGAUAACUCUCAGUCCAUUUAGUGAAAUAGUCACUAACCACGAGUAUAAAUUUGUUCUUUCGCGGGGUUUCUGGCAGUGGGCCAAGAAUGUCAAUCGCGAUUCGUUCCAUGGGAGCUCCCACCACGUACUGCUUUAACGGAGCACGACGUUUGCGUCCCCAGGUUUUCUUAGACCCACAGACAUGGCACCUGGCGACCAAUCUGUGAACUGCUGAAGUAAGUCCUGGCCAGUAAUAACGAGAUUGAAGGGCGCCUAGGGUCUUUCGUAUACCACGAUGACUUGCAGUCGUAUGACUAUGAUGAGCUUCAAGGGCAGCCUGUCGAAGACUCUCGGGAAGAAUGACCUGGUCAAUAAUCUGAUCACCUCCGUCACUUUCCCAUCUGCGGCAAAGUACACGGUUUCUGAAGAGCAGCCGGUCCCACUGUGACCACAAGGUCUUCACAGCACAACUCUGAGGCGACACAUCUUCCCACAAUGGUUUUUCUUUGCCGGCUUCCUUCCAACCAAUAAUAACCUUGAGAUCAAAGUCAGCUUCCUGUUGUUCCCUCACGAAAGUUGAAGUCCAGGUUGGUUCUAACUUGACAGUGGCACAACGAGCACCAACAGGUUCUUCACAAUUCACAGGUUGUUUGAUGUCCUGGCAAGGGACAUGCAUCACGGUCUGAACACCCACAUCAACAGAUGACGCUCGCUCCUGUGACUUCCAACCCUUACACCACUUACAACGGACAUCACAUGGUCUACGGGAAAGUGCAUCAGCAUUCAGAUGUCGCUGUCCUGGUCGAUACUGGAUCUCGAAGUCGAAAGUACUCAAGUAAUCAAUCCAACGUGCAAGCUGUCCCUCGGGAUCUUUGGCCUGGACAACAAAACGCAAAGGGGCAUGAUCAGUUCGAAUGCAGAAUCUUGUACCUUGUAGGUAAUGCCGGUGUUGCUUAACAAACUCAACGAUUGCCAAGAGCUCACGACGCGUCACACAAUAGUUCCUUUCAGACUUGGACAAUGUCCGACUUGCAAACGCAAUGGGUUUUUCGACCCCGUCCUGAAACUGUGACAACACUGCCCCAAUGCCAUGGUCUGACGCAUCGGUGUCUAGCACAAACUUUCCCUCCCUAGUAGGGUAGGCUAGGACUCUACCGGACGUAAGUAAACCCUUCAGGCUGUCAAAAGCCAGCUGACAUUGCUCUGUCCAAGCAAAUUCCGCCUUGGCUUCCGUUAGCUUGUACAACGGCUUAGCUAUGGUCGAGAAAUCAGGGAUGAACCGGCGGUAAUAAGAGGCAAGUCCAAGGAAACUUUUGACCUCCGUGCUGUUUUCUGGGGUGGGCCAGGUGCGAACUUGCUCCACCUUUUCAGGGUCUGCAGCAAUGCCUUCUUCCGUGACCACAUGUCCGAGGUACGAAACCCGUUUCUGGAAGAGAAAACACUUCUUUGGCUUAAGUUUUAGUCCUGCCCUGGCUAGUCGCUCGAACACCUCUUUCAACCGCUCUAAUUCCUCUUCAAACGUGCGUCCCAUAACUAUCACAUCAUCAAGAUAGAUCAAACAAAUCUUCCAAUGUAGGCCCUUCAAAACAAGUUCCAUCAGUCUGGCAAAGGUGCUGGGUGCGUUGCAGAGGCCGAAAGGCAUCACGGUCCACUCAUACAGGCCGCUCGAAGUUACAAAUGCUGCCUUCUCCUGGGUGCCCGCAUCCAUCGCCACUUGCCAAUAACCUGAGGCAAGAUCCAAAGUUGAGAACCAUCGGGAACCACUCAAAGCAGCAAGAGAAUCAUCAACCCGAGGCAAGGGGAAGGCAUCCUUUAUCGUCACUGCGUUAAGCUGGCGGUAGUCCACGCACAGCCUUUGGCUACCGUCCUUUUUGGUUGCUAGCACAACCGGAAAAGACCAGGGGCUGGACGAUUCCAUCACCUUGCCCUGCUGUAGGAGGUUAGUGACUUGUCGUUCUAUCUCAUCAUGUUUCCACGGUGAAGUUCGCCGGGGUUGAAUUCGGAUUGGAAGAGCAUUGCCCGUAUCGAUUCUGUGCUGGACCAUGUGCGUGGUGCCUAAGUCCCCGUCUGAAAUUGAGAACACAUGCUGGUAAUUGAAUAGCAACCCCUGCAGUCUCUCAGUUUCACUGUCAGUUAAAUUAUCUGUGCUUCUCUCAAGUAGUUCCUGCAAGGCCUUCGGUAGAGUCAUAUCGACUGCUCCUUGUGACACAUGUUCAUUUAUUACUCUAGCUUGGCCCAUAGCACCGUCAUGGUUCUCUUGAUUAAGCUCUAGUGAGGUGACAUCAGUAACUGGCUUAGCAAGGGCAAUCACAGUCUCAGCAGCCAAAUGAAACACUUCAUUAGAAACAUUGAAAACACGUAAGGGGACCACCCUGUCCUCCGUAACAUCAACCAGAGUCCUUGCAACAUAAAGUCCCUUUUGUUGCAAAUGUGAGUUCAGACAUGGUUCUAACAAUCGCGUGCCUAAUUGAGACGACUGUGGGUCUAAGUUAAAUGAACGCUUGUGAACAAGGACUGGGACAAUCACCUCAGUGUUAGGUUCAAUCAUGGUUGACCGUCGAACCAUACAUCUGGAACUAAGGGGUUGGUUCUUGAAAUCAGAACAAUCAAACACUUCGCCAUUAAUUGACAGUUGGUUUGUCGCAAUGUCAAUACGGGAAUCAACUUGUGACAGGAAGUCCAUACCCAAAAUGCCCUCAUCCUCAAUCUCGGCAACAAUUACAUGCAUUUGAAACUCGCUGUUACCAAGGCGCAUGACAACAUGUCCCACACCAAAAGUUUUCGCUUGUUGACCAUUAGCAAGAGCAAUGGCAGAAUUUUCUGAACUCAAACUGAACUUAACGCUAACAGGUAAAGAAUUAUAAACCUCGAACGACAAAACUGAACGUGCGGCACCAGUGUCUAUCAACCACAUGACACGAGAUCCUCCAAGAAAGCCUGGCAAGUAAAGGCCUCGUGACUUUUCAUUAACAUGUGACUGUUCCAUGGGUGUAUUAGGACAUGUCAUUUCCUGGUUUGGCAAUUGCUGAGAGAAUGCAUUGUUCACAUCAGUACCACUUGUGGGGCCAACAUCACUCGCAUUUAGGCAUCCCCCUGGCCCGUGGGCGACACCCUGCGGCCGUUUCCCGAGCCCGGGUUGGCUCGGUCAAGUGACUUGUACUUUGGGCAGUUACGACGAUAAUGGCCAAAUUCUUUACAAUUCCAGCAUUGAACAUUGCGGUUGGAGUAACGUGAAGGAGGUAAUCGCUGUUGGCUACCAGAGGUGUUCAAAGAGAGCGACUUGGAGAGCUGCUGUAUCUGCUCAACUAACUGUUGCAUAGCAACUUGCUGAGUCUCCUGACGUUGUUGUUGCACUCGAAUGUCAGAACGUAACAUAUCCAGCUGAGCUUUAAGCAAAUCAGGCUCUUUAUCAACUUCAUCCACAGAGCGAACAUGAAGAGGGCUUCUCCGCUCGUCUCCAUCCACGAGACGAAACGCCUCAAGUUCACAAGCCAGCGACAGGGCGUCAUCUAAGGUGCGAGGUUUAUCUCUACGUAAUUUAAGCCUGUCGUCUCGAUCCUUGAGUGCAUCAAUGAAGUGCUGGACGGCAAAUCUUUCUUGAGUGACCGGAGAUAAGUCCUGAUAAGCUAAACUUGACAGAGAGCGAAUAUCUGCAGCAAGAGCUUGAACACUUUCGUUUUCCAGUUGGCGACGGUUAUGAAGGCGUACUUGGUGUAACUCACGCUGCUUUUCAACACCAAACCGAAGCUCCAAUUUUUCAACAAUUUUGGCGUAAGUUCGACAAUCGCUAUCAGACAUACCAUUAAGCACCUUUUGGGCUUCUCCUCGAAGGCCUGCAGCAAGAAAUAGAGCGGCUUCUUCUUGGUUCCAACCAUUAACAACAGAGCAACGCUCAAAGUGUUUCAAAUAAUCACGUAGCGACUGAGUACCAUCAUAAUCCGCAGGAUUUUUAAUAGGCUUGCUUAACUUCGGGCGGUGUGUAAACAAAUCAGUGGAGUAAGUAUCCUGUUGACUCUCCGAUGCGAACGGGUUUUUGGAGCGAAAUCGGUGACUUGCACUGCUAUCAUGUACUGACGGAUCCAGCGGCGAUGCAAACAAGCUCGCUGAUAGAAAUCGCCGACCUGGACUCUCCACAUGCAUUGAUGAGUCUACAGAUGAAACAGACUUUGAUGUAAAUGGGUUUCCCGCUUUAAAAGGAUUAGCUGGCGUUGAACAACUCAUUCCUUUAAAUCCUGAAUCCACAAGUGAGUUUUCCGCCAUUGCAAACGGGCGAGACCACGAUAGCAAACACACGAAGAGACUUUGGAUGAAAAACAACGGAGGGCGAUGAAACUCAGUCACGCAAACCAUGAAAAUAUCGCCAUUGAACACAUAUAUCCGUGAAGUUCGUCUUUGUUUACCGCUGCCACCAGUGUAACGCCACGAUUCCCAGUUAAGACACGGCGUUAAGAGAACAACACAUGUUUAAUCUACUACUCACUCGUCUUACAAUCAUUUCUUCGCACAUGGUUAUUACGCCAUCUCACGUGACUUACUUAGAGGGGUACCCGCGGGGAUUGCCUCGCGCUACAGUAUACAGAUAACUAACAACCGUUGGCGAGUAAAAUGGCUACCUUAAUGGACCCCUAAUGGUAAACUCCGACUUCCAUUUCUUCUAGUCCGCGCGCAGAAUCGCGCGCGCACUAUAAAGUUUUUUUUUUUCUGAGCGUUUGAUUUUUUUCUUUCAUGGCGUAUGGAAACCUCGUCUGCUUGUGGGGAGGACAGACUAAUGGAAACCUUGCAACGUUUCUAACGUACUUGUAACUCCACUGAUGAAGGGCCAGGCCUGAAAUGUUUGGAGAGGAACUCAAACAAUAGAAGGCACUUUGGUUCAUUAAAUGGCGCGAAGAAAAGUAAAGAUCUGCACUUGGGUCUCCGAGGAUGAAUUGUGCGCCACUGUCUUGUUUUUCUGUCUCAACCAACUGGUCCAGUUCGAUUAGCUGUACCCGUGAACUCUGAAAAAUUUGACUCCAGAAGACCAAGUGGAAAGAAAAAACUGAAAAAUCCUCCGAGGCCCUUCGGCCAAAAAAAAAUCAAAACUCCGAGACCCAAAAGUCACCCGAAAAAGAGUUCAAGACCCAUCACAAACACUUCAAAUCCGAGAUUUCGAGAUUGGGUAAAAUUUUCCGAGACCCACUUUCUCAAGGUACCAUUCUAUAUCGUCUAUACCCCUUUGCUGAAAUUGUCGCUUUCCCUUGCAGACUCCUUGCACUCAACUUGCCGGUUUCUUACUUUUCCUCUCAGUGCCUGGCCUGUGACAAACAUGGCCCUGCAAUUCUCUCUUGACUUUUCUCAGUAAAUCUAUAUCAUCUCUGUUAUUUAGACGACUGCCCGGUCUUUGAAAGCCCAACUGUCCAAACUUUAGAUAAAUAACUCAGUAAAUAAAGAUAUGGUAGAUAUGACCGUCGUAGUGGUAAUUGCAAUUUAAGCAAUUGCAAAUUGUAGCCGUGAGACGAGAGACUACGAUUUUUUUUCUUACUCUUUCUUUCGUGUUUUGAGUUGCGUGAAGUUAAUUUGUUAUUGCGUUUGGUGUAGUUUUUUUUUAGCCUUUUUGUUUUCAUAUGCGUAUUCAUUCUGUAAUUCUACGAAGACCCAUGCAUUGGGAGCCAAUUUGUUGAGUUCAUCUUUACCCUUGAAUGGGAUGAAGCAAUGAAGAUUAUGUGAACUGCAGAAAUACAGAUCUUAAAUGAAGAUAUGAUCGUGGCAGUGGUAAUUGCAAUUUUAGCAACGUCAUGUUAGAUGCCAAAAUACCCAUCAACUCAUAGUACCUUCAACCUUAUUGGCCCUUGCAACAGACAUCCGAACAUACAAAGCCACAAAGCCACAAAGAUACAUAUACGCUCAGACCACUGACAUACAUGGAGAAUUAAGCAGUAAUGGAGAAUUAAACAAUUCAGAGAGAACCAGCAUUACUUUCAGGAAGCCUCCCUUUUCAAGGAAAAGUAGAUAUUCUGUUUUUGACCAAAUUUUCGAAAACAUCUUGAAAAACUCCUAAAGACGGUUAAAAAGAAGGAUCGUCGGCGGGUUGCCUCUUCCCUUUCCACUACCAAAGAGAUGCCGCAGAGGAAAUUCUUCUGUACAGAACUGGAGCUUUUAACACGAAACAUUACUAUUAGACAAUAACCGUUCAAAUUUCUCAACCAUUUUAUGUUGCAGUCAACCCAAUGAGGCUUCGUCAUUAUUGGUUCAUUGUUUGUCUUAGUAAUGCCUGGAUCGUUUUUGAGGCGGGCCAUUCAGAAAAGGACACUAACGAUUCAAGUCCAAUGGAGUGCAAGGAAGGAAGUUUCAUGUUGAACACGUGUGAAGAGCGUUGUGAAUGCAAGAAAGGUAAACUAACCAGCUGUUACCGCGUGAGAAAGGAUUUUACCAAAAUGACCAUCGAGGACAGAAAACGUUAUAUUAACACUUAUAAGCUGGCAUCGGUCCAUCCUGUGGUUAAGAAACAUUAUGAGAAAUUGAUAGCUCUCCACAACACCGCUGGAGAUCAAGCAAAAGUUCCUGAAGCCUUUUUGCCCUUUCACCGGUGGUUUUUGGUUGAGAUGGAAAACGUACUGCGCAGAAUCGACUGUCGUGUGACUUUACCCUACUGGGAUUGGAGCAAAAACACUCAUCAUUGGUGGAGAGGAACUGGUGACGAAGACCUUUGGAACCCUGCUGAUCAUGGUUUAGGAGGAGAUGGAAAUUAUACCGAUGACAACUGUGUGGAGGACGGAGCUUUCAGCAAAGAUAAAUGGCGUCUCUUAGACGUGUCUGGAGGAGGGUGUUUAAGAAGGAAGUUUACGAAAGACAACCUUCUCUACGAUAUUGAUCACGUGAAGAAAACUUUAUCGCUGCCCCUGGAACAGUUCGAACAAUUUGAAGAAACUGUCCGUGUAGACUAUCACUUGUUGCCUCACAACGCAAUCGGUGGUACAAUGAUGAAUCCUCUAAUAGCAGCAAAUGCCCCAGAACUGCUUCUUCACCAUUCAUUUAUGGACAAACUGUGGUAUCAAUGGCAAAACAAAGGAGAUGAAUACAAAAAUGUCUACUUCCCAAGCGUGCCCUUCAAACUUUAUGGAUCAAAGUAUUAUGGCCGGGAAUGGAUUGAUUCUAGUAACCUUCCGGGUCAGGUGAAAGUGCUUUACGAAGAAUGAAAAUAAAUAAAAAACGAUGAAGCAAACAGUUAAAUAAUCCGAUGUAUAGGCAGACAUGAAACUCUCUGACAUUAAAUAAUGUGCCGAAAUCAGUUAAUCCUGGACAAUUGAUUUUCGACCAUUCCAGUAAUACUGAGUUAGAACUUACAUGUGUUAUUUAUGAGGACGUAGGACACACUUUAUGAGGUACUAUAAAUGCUUAGCCAUACGGCUAAUUUGCAGCCGUUCCCAC